AUGCCCGUCCCUAGAUGCUUCAUAAUCCGCCACGGCGAGACAGAAUGGUCCCUCAACGGGCGCCAUACGGGCACAAGCGACAUCCCGCUCACCGCAAACGGGGAGAAGAGAAUGAAAGCUACAGGCAAAGCGCUUGUUGGCGAUGAUCGAUUGAUUGCGCCUAAGAGGUUGAAUCAUGUUUAUGUAUCCCCCCGCAAACGCGCCCAACGAACCUUCGAACUCCUCCAAAUCGGAUGCAAAGAACGUCUCCCCUGGACAAGACACGUCGAAUCAGAAAGUCAAUCCACACUCGAAGAACCAAUCUCAACAGAAGCGAAUAUCGAAAUCACAGACGCCGUUCGCGAAUGGGAUUAUGGUGACUAUGAGGGGCUGACGAGUGCGCAAAUCAAGGAUUUGAGGGCUCAGCAGGGGUUACCGAAGUGGGAUAUUUGGCGGGAUGGUUGUCCCGGGGGAGAAUCCCCUCAAGACAUCUGCCGCCGCCUGGACGCAUUCAUAGCCGAUCUGCGCGCAAAACACCACAAGCCCUGUUUCAACUCCGCAGAAAACGAGAAAGGUGAUGUUUUGGUAGUGGCGCAUGGCCACAUUCUGCGAGCCUUUGCGAUGCGCUGGGUUGGGCAGCCGUUAACUGAGACGGCGCUCAUUCUUGAGGCUGGUGGUGUCGGAACGUUGAGUUAUGAGCAUCACAACAUCGAAGAACCCGCCAUCAUCCUCGGUGGUGCAUUCGUCGUAGAGGACUGA